GAGAGGAAUGCAGGUUUGUGAUAAGCAAGACUGACGCCAGAGUGGAAACUACAGAGAGGGACACAGUGUCACAUAAGAACCAGAGCAUCAGACUACCUCCAAACACCACAGGAACUGGAUAUGUAUGGAGGAGAGCUGUCAUUAUAGAAUGGAGGACGGCAGGACUGUCCAGCAGUUAUCAUGUGUUCAGGACCAGCCUGUCUCUUCUGGGUCCAACGGAUCAAGGCCAGGGCUCCGGAUCCGUGUGAAGUGGGUCACUGUGGUUCUGAUUGGGGUCUUGAUCCUGGGAGUCUCUGCCUGGCUCCUCGUUGUGUUCCUCUGCUCACAGCCUGCUGAGACAGCCCAGGCCACUUCACUCUGCCAGUCUCCUGCUUGCCUGUCUGCCUCAGCGCGGUUGCAGUCCUUUAUGAAUUCAUCCGCAGAUCCCUGCUGGGACUCCUUCCAGGUCUCUUGUGGGUGGGAAGCAAGAAAGGGGAGAGGCAAGAGAAGAGAGAAGGGAGAGAGGGGAAGAGGGACACUGGAACUGCAAUUCUUACCUCCAGCCAGCAGGUGGCAAGUUACCUGGGAGCAAAACCUGAAACUGCUGCGUUCUCUCCUGGAAAGUCCAAACUAUACAGCACCGCUCAACUCAGCAGAAGAGAAGGCGAAGAGGUUCUACCGAGCUUGUAUGGACCAGAACCGGGUCAUUGAGCUGGGGGCCAAACCCAUACAGGAGGUGAUAGACAAGCUCGGGGGCUGGUCAGUGGCCGGAGUCUGGAAGCCGACAGAUUUCAACAAGACCCUGCAGACCAUCAUGAGAGAGUACAACACCUUCCCUUUCUUCAGUGUGUACAUCGACCCUGACCCACUCAACAACUUAGAGAACCGCAUACAGAUUGACCAGCCUGAAUUCCAGAUCUCCACUGAAUUGAACAGCAAUGACUUGAAAGCAAAAGCUGAAGCUCUACGUCUCUACUUGCGCUACAUUAUGUCUCUGCUUCUCAUCCUGGGCAUCGAGGCCAACUCCAACUCUAUCCCCACAGCCCCCCUCAUCAUCUUCGCAUCGCAGCUCAGCAGCGCUGCUGCUGGCCUGGAGGACAGACGACAGCAGGGCCGGCUCUACCAGAGAAUGAGCAUCGCAGAGCUGCAGGCCACUGCCCCUGCAGUUGAUUGGCUGGGCUGCCUGCAAGCGACUUUUCAUCCCCUGCAACUCAACGAAUCAGAGCCAGUUUUGGUCCACAACCUGGCUUACCUCAUCAGUAUGUCACGACACAUCAACAUGUUCACACCUGGUGGCGCUGUGAACUCCUAUAUGAUCCUAUCUGUGCUCCACACUCUCUCCCCAUCUCUGGAUCCCAGAUUCACUGAGGCCAAGAGGAACCUGAGUCAACAGCUGGGAGAGAAGACUGAGGUCAUAACCCCCCGAUGGAGGAAGUGUGUCACAGAAACAAACAUGGCGUUUGAGUCCGUGCUGGGUGCUAUGUUUGUACGCAAAGCUUUCUCAAAGGAAAAACGACAGAUGGCUGCGGAGAUGAUUAGUGAUGUCAAAUCUACCCUGCAGACCAAACUAGUCGAUGUGGAGUGGCUGGAUGAGGAAGCCAGGAGCACAGCCCUGAAAAAGAUUAGUUCACUGGCUAUCAAGCUGGGGCACCCUGCAAGCACACUGGAUCGGACUGGACAGGAUCAGCUUUACAGUGAGUUCAGUGUGAGUGAGGAGCUGUACUUCCACAACACUCUGCAGUACCUCAAGUUUGAAAACAAGCAGAUGGUGUCUCGUCUGAAGAGGGAAGCCAGGAAGGAUGACUGGCUGGUCAGCCCGCUGUCUGUGAAUGUCGAUCACACCAUUCGAUUCCAUGACCUCGUCUUCCCAGCUGGACUGUUCCAGGAGCCGUUCUUCCAUGUGGAUUAUCCCAGAGCUGUGAACUUUGGAAAAAUUGGAACCAUCAUUGCCAAUGAGUUCUUGCAGACUCUGUACAAAACCAUAGGUGUCAGUCAGCUCUCUCUGCUGAAGAACGCGAAGUGCUUGCAGGGGCUGAAUUACGCAGUAAUCCUGCAGGAGGACUGGACCAUGAAUGGAGCCCUUGACAUUUCCUUGCAAGCAUACAAGAGCUGGCUAAGCAGAAAGAAUUUUGACUCCAAAUUACCUACUCUGGGCAGCCUGUCUAAUACUGACCUUUUCUACAUCAGCUACACACAGAUGAUUUGCGGCUCGGUGCAUCAACCUCACGGCCAGGUCGAUAGGGGCAUAGCCAAUCCCCCCGAAUACUUGCAGGGGUUCAGCUGCCCCUCCGAUUCAUCCACAAACCCGUCGGAGAGAUGCAGCCUAUGGGCAUGAAGGGGUUCACAAUGGGCUUGUAGCCACUGUCCCUAUCUGCGGAGGCACUUUAAAGAGCACCCUUAUAAAAGCGUCCCACAGUAAAAGCACAACAAUGUGUUAUAAAGUAUAGUAAAGCAUAGCGAAGUAUGGCGAAGCACAUUAAUAAACAUGGGAAACCAAGGCAAACUAUGGUAAAAGCAUAGCAUAACCGUGAGCCGUGAGAAAAGCAUGAGGUAAAACUUAUCAAAUACUGGGGUCAGCUUUUAGUUUCCGUUCGUCCUGGUUAGUGUUUGAAUCAUUCAGCGUGGUUCUGGUUAAUGUUGUUCCCAUAGUGACUUACAACCACUUUUCUAUUCAGUGCCUGGCACUUAGUGUUAGUAUUCUCCAGGCAGACUCAAAGUCAGAACCCAGAACCAAACAGAACUUCAUCCAUAAUGAAGGGAAUUGUAAAAAGAAAAAAAAAACAUUAUAAUGACAUAUUGUAGCUACUUAUAAUUUUUACCUUCUAUAUUGAAAUUAUUUUGUAUACAAAUGUAAUGGAUUUGUGUCUAUAAUUUUUAUGUUCUGCAAAAAAUAAUAAUAAUAAUAUAUUUUUUUUUUUUUUUUUUUUUAAAAACUGGAGAAUAUUUAUGUCAAUUGAUAACUUGACAAUAUAUGCAUUUUAUGCUUGUUGCCUCCA